CUACUGUCUACUGUCAUUGUUGUGAAUUGUCAAAAUCAAAGUCAAUCAUUCAAAUGUCAAAAUUUGGUUAUCGUUUCGAGUUUCGCUUCCUAUAUAUUAAUUAACAACCAGAAUCUUAAUGGCUAACGAUCGAGAGGUUCUUCGUGAAAUAUGGGACGGAAAGUUGCCGAUUUGUUUUCAGUUAGCUCAAGAAGAAAUAAUGGAAAUACAACAACCUGAUGCUUUUUAUGUCAUGGUCCCAAGACUGAGUUACUUUCCUCUUGUUACAGACAAGAUGAAAAGACACUUUCUGCGAUACAUUUCCCAAGAAAAUUCUGAUAGUGAAAUGUGGUUGGAUUAUAAUGGUCAGCCACUCAAAUGGCAUUACCCUAUAGGUUUUCUCUAUGAUCUCUAUUGUGGUAAUGACCCUCAAUUGCCAUGGCAUCUUACAGUGCACUUCACGAAGUUUCCAGAAGACAUCUUACUUCAUUGUACAAACAAGGAUGUUGUAGAAGCACAUUUUAUGUCAACAGUGAAAGAGGCUGACGUUUUAAAACAUAGAGGACAAGUCAUGUCUACAAUGCAAAAGAAAGACCAUAAUCAAUUAUGGCUUGGUUUACAAAAUGAUAAAUUUGAUCAAUUUUGGGCUAUAAAUAGACGAUUGAUGGAAUCCCAUGGAGACAGUGAAGGUUUCAAACACAUUCCUAUUAAACUAUACUCUGAUGAUGGAACAUGCAGCCAACGUCUUGUUAGUCCUAAGAAUAAUGAUGGGAGUAGGAAAACACUUCAACAAAUGAUUGCAGAAUUGUAUCCAGAUAAACUUGAUGUACAACUAAGAACGCAUGGAAUAGUAAUCCCAUCUGACACACCUCUACAAUGGCUUUCUGAACAUUUGAGUUAUCCAGAUAACUUCCUGCAUAUGUGUGUUUUUUAAGAAACUAAAAUAAGUGUUUUGUUUAGUGUGAUGAAAUCAAAGACUCAGUAGUAAUCAAUG